AUGCCUGGACAUCGGCCAGAGGUUCUCUUCAUCGGGCGCACGAACUCAGGCAAGUCGUCCAUGAUCAAUGCACUUUUCAGUUCUCUGACGAAGUUCGCGCCCGCCUCCAAAACGCGGGCUUUUACCCGGAAGCUGCACUUCUACGAGGUCAACCGAGAGAGAGCCGGGCUACCUCACUUCAUGCUAGUGGAUUCGCCUGGUCUGGGAUGCGCUGACAUCCCUAACGCGGCUAAGAUCACCAGGGAGUUUCCAAACAUGAUCUUCGAGUACCUCCGAAAUCGCAAUGCAUUGAAGCAUAUCUUCCACCUCGUUGACGCCAGAAACCACAAGCUUCUGCCUGCUGACAAGCAGCUGCUUCACUUGGUCGCAAAAGCCCAGCGACGCAGCGUGAGGUACACCAUUGUCAUCACGAAAAUUGACGUCUGCAAACGAAAGGUCGCCAACAGCACAGCUCAGCGCAUCCGGGAGGAACUGGCCCCCUACUGCGACGUGGACAUCAUGUUUGCCAGCGCACGGGCUCUGCGAGGUGUGGAUCACCUCUGGUCCAAGAUCUGGCAGUCUGUGACGGAGACACCACGUGGCCGGAGACACCGGGACAUUGGCAGGAAAGAGUUGGAGCGACUGAAUAAAGAAGGGCCGAACGCUCUGAAAGCUCCCAACUUGUCCGAACUGUUGGAGAUCCCGGAUUACCAGAGACCGCAGGAUUUUGACGAAGAGGAUUUCGAAGAG